GCAUGCAUCGGGGCUGCCCUGGUGUUCCAGGUGGGUGUGGCUUGUAGAGAGGCGUUGUCGCACACGAGCAGCAGUAGCGAACACUCACGCACUCCGAACACUGCGCACAUCUCGUCCGCUGCGUGCACCGAGACCACCGCAAACACCGCCCGACUUUCACUCCGCUCCCGAGCACUCCAGAGAAACCGCCAUGGCCAACUACAUUCACGUACCGGACGAGGCUCCAGCGGUGCCAAAAAUAGACGUGACAGUCGACGAGGGCGACUACAGACCCGGAGCACUGACACUCCUCAAGGAGCUGAGACCCAGCUGGAAGCCGUCGGAGGUUAAAAUGAAGUUUUUUACAGAUGGAAUAACCAAUAAGCUGCUGGGCUGCUAUGUGGGUACGGUCAUGCUGGAUGUGGUGCUCGUCCGUAUUUAUGGCAACAAAACAGAACUGCUGGUGGACCGGGAGAAUGAGAUUAAAAGCUUCAGAGUACUACACGCAAAUCGCUGUGCCCCGCGCCUCUACUGUACCUUCAACAAUGGCUUGUGUUAUGAAUUUCUCCAAGGAACUGCCCUGGAGCCUGAACACAUUCGCAGCCAAUCUGUUUUCAGGCUCAUUGCGAGGCAGCUGGCCAAGUACCAUGCCAUUCAUGCCCACAAUGGCUGGUUGCCCCAGUCCGACAUGUGGCUAAAGAUGGGCAAGUACUUUGCUCUCAUCCCCAAGUACUUCAAGGACCCCGAGCGGAACGCCAGGUUGCGCAUGGAGGUGCCCAGCCCCCGGUGCCUCCGAGAAGAGCUGGUGUGGCUCCAGCAGAGCUUGUCGGUGUUGGGCUCCCCCGUAGUUCUCUGCCACAACGACCUGCUCUGCAAAAAUAUAAUCUACAACCAGGACGAAGGCAAUGUAAAGUUCAUUGACUACGAAUAUGCUGGGUACAAUUACCAAGCCUACGACAUUGGGAACCAUUUCAAUGAGUUUGCUGGUCUGAAUGAGGUGGAUUAUAGUCACUACCCAGAGCGGGCCUUUCAGCUGCGGUGGCUCCGCGCCUACUUGGAGGCCUAUAAGGACCACAAAGGCCAGGGUAUCGACGUAACUGACAGAGAGGUGGAGAUCCUUUACGUCCAAGUCAACCGAUUUGCCCUGGCAUCUCAUUUCAUCUGGGGUCUAUGGGCUCUGAUUCAGGCCAAGUUCUCAACCAUCGACUUCGACUUCUUGGGAUAUGCCAUCCUGCGAUUCAACCAGUACUUCAAGAUGAAACCAGAGGCUCUUGGGUUGACCUUACCUGAAUAAAAGCCCCAACCCCCUCAUGUUCCCAUCUUCCCCGCCCUUCCUCCCUUCCAAACUGCUCUGCGCCUCACAUACGACAGCUGAGCGCCCUCUAGGGGUCUGUUUGGGGAAGAGCCAGACUGACAGUCUGUCCCGUUCAGUGCCUGUAGGUGCCCUCCUGGGCCCUUAACCCCUAGAGAUUGAAAGAAUCGCAGUCAUCAUAUGCAGUCACACCAUUGUUUAACAAAUGAAUAUGAUGGGUGCCUUGACACCUGCUGCCAUGUGAAGUUCACUUUAUUGUGGUCAUUUCAGUUCUAAUAUCAUUAUGAUAUUAACAUGAUAUCAGCAUAUGUGUUAACAGCUUUUUUCACAACUCAAAUCACUAUAAACAGUAAGACAGUAAUGCCUCAUUUAUAAACCAUAACAUAGCAACAACCCAACAUGAUCGCCGGGAGAGACCCCUUUCUCAUAUGCACAUUCAUGGGGAAACCCCUCGAUAGCCUGCCCUGCAAAUGAUCAAAUUAUUAUGACAUCAACACAAAGCCUGCUUUGUUUGCCAAGAAAACAGGAUGAAAAAAAAGAAAGAAAUGUCAAGAUGGAAAAGGCCAGUGCUUUCCUUUAAAUCCCAUGUGAUACGAGCCACGCCACAAGAAAAAAAAAAAAAAAGUUGUGGCCUGCCUUGUGACUCUUGUUUUCACCCUUAUUUUCCCCCAGCAAACUGUGCAUGGGUGGUGCACCAGAAUAGCCAUGUCAUUGUUGUUGCUGUACAGUGUGCUAAGGGUUUGUGUUUUAGCUUUCUAGGCUGAAGGUAGAAACAUCAAGUUGUAGGAGAGCAUCUUGUGUUUACAUCCUAACCUCUCCCUCCAGCUUAAAUGGCUGAAUCACUGAGCAGCCGUUUUACUUGAGAGAGACUUUCACUGUAAUUUAAGUUUCAGGUUUGUUUUGACACUCGUUUAGUCUUGUCUUAACUGGAGACAAGAAGGCAACUCACUGUAAUUUGAACAUUCCAUGUUCAUAACGCUAGACGAGGAAUGUGGUUGUAGGUCACAUGAUAAGUUAGCAGUGUCACUGUGACCUCGACUGUAAACCAUGCUGGACUAGAAAGAGACCAACCAUUAUAUUGUCCGCUCCAUGUCAGGGAAAGUCGGGGAAUCACCUUAAAUAUUACACUGCUGUUCAUUGAACUUGGGCCUGACCAUUUUAUAUAUCUCUAGACCUGUUUUCAUUCACAAGUGAAUGUUAUUAUGGCCCUGCUUUUAUGCCGGCACUCACCAUUCAGUACCAUCCAAUGUCAAAAUGAAAGUCUGUUGGCAUUUGGAAAUGGGCUAAAACUUUGAAGUUGUCGUAUAUAGGUUAAAAUGAUGUGUGUUGCAUUACAAUAUAUUGAAUGGAAGUCAGCUGUUAGUGGGACCCGAGGAGCAAUAGCGACAUCUGUUGGAGUGUAAAAAAAACAAGCUGCUGUCAGUCAUUCUUGAUAUUGAUAUUAGGUUUAUAAAAAAGCUUUAGGAGUCCCUCACAAGCCUACACCAAAGUGCUGACAUGUUUUUUUUGCUUUGUACAUAAUGCACACUGUAUCGUUUUCCAUAUAGCACAAAGAGGAUUAGAGAGACGAUUAUAUAGACUUGUUAUAAAUGACUGUUUUUAUACUUAUUUAAAUGGAAAUGCUAGGGUUGACGUCUUUGAGAGUGUGUGGAUGUUUGCUGGUGCAGUUACACGUGGCAUCUGGGCAAAUACAGUGUUUUUAGUAAAGAGUUUAAAAAUGUUUAGUGUCAAAAGGGCAACAUUAUGUAAGAGUUUAAAAAUGUUGAAUGUCAAAAGGGCAACAUUAUGUAAAAUGUGAAAAACUAAUUUGCUCAGGUGCCCGCUGCUGUAACAAGUUUGCAAAGCUCUGUGACGAGACUGACUGACAAGGCCUGGUUGUUCAAUUAUAUAUACACUUGCGGACAGUACUAGAUAAGGAGACGUUGUCCCGUUAGUCUGCCUGUGCGCCUGUGAACACUCUCUACUUUGUACAUUUUACAGUUUUGAAGUUUGAAGGCUAGUCCUGUCCUUUUCUGUCUUUUAAUUUAGUGUGGUGUGUCUUUAAAACUAGUGAAUCAAGAUGGGCCUAAUAUGAAUAUGAAAUGUGUGAAUGUUGGCUUUUAAUGUGAAAACCUUGGAUAAAAGCGCACUUGAUGGUAAGGGAUUUUGAUAACUGAAGUUUUGGUGGAGGAACGUGGGAUGGUUCGGUGAAAGAGUGUUUUCCAUUUGGUGUCGGUUUAGGACACUGUCACGCCACGUUUACACAUAACCCACACUUAUAGAUGCAGUUUCAACUGCCACAUAAUCUGAAUAUUCAAAAUGAUACUGCUGAAAUAUGUUCCCAUCCAUCUGAAACAAAUGCAUUUUCACUGUAUAUCAAAGGUCAUCUCAGCACUACAUACACAUUUGUGUUUGUAUUUAACAUUGUAAAAAAAACUGUGGCCACUGUAGCAUAUGUUUAUAUGUACAGUAAACAAAUGUAAUAAUAUCUUUGCUUGUUCUCAAAUGAGAAUUAAUGUACAUAGGAGUUCUUUUAUUUUAUUUUUUUCUAAAAGUUACAUUAAAGUGAAUAGUUGCCUGGGGUAAGAGUUGAAUUAAAAAUGAAAUUUCCAAUACUGUUAACAUGCUUUCAAAAAAAUAAAGUCUAUUUACCCUU